CUGAAUUUCCAAGAAUGUUUUUUUCUUCACACGAAUCAGUUUGAUUUAUAGAGGUCUAGGCUUAGUAUUUCAUUUCGAGUUUUCAAGGAUAAGAGCUGAAUUAUAUUUCUGUGGUAUACUUCAAUCUUCAGGCUUUUUUUAGGGAAGUAAAGCUUUAUAUAGGCACGAAGGAACUUGUUGUCUGUGUCAAGAUGAAAGAAAAGGAAAUUAAAUAAAUGAGACCCGAAUAAGAGUAAAUCGGCAAGCGUCCUCGGCAGAAGCGACAAGGAUUCUGCCAACUGAAAGGAAUGUCUGAAGUACCGUCUAGAGGCCACCGAAGAGGUCGGAACACCCCACAUAGAGGCAGAGGGGGUAGAUUUUUCAGCCGAGGAACGCAGAGAGGGUCAUGUGGUAGGCCUGAUGCACAACAUGGCCGAGGAUCAAAAAGUGGGGCACACAGUAGAGGUUUGACACGUGGUGGGAAAAUAGAUAGAAAUGAAAAUGGAGAAAGAUUUGGUUUGAGCCAUUACCAAGACAGUAGUAGAGGAUGGCAAGGAGGGACGAGUAACAGAGCGAGAGUUCACACAAGUAACAGAAAAACUGACAGAAAUGAAAGCGAUAAUGAAUCUGAAGGAAGUCAUGACUCAAAGCACAAUGUACAACGAGGAAGUUGGAGAGAACAAGGAUGGCAGGGGGGAAUAUCCCGUGAUAAAGGGCGUGGUGGGGGUGCAUCACGUAGAGGGAAGAGGAAGAGCAAUGACAGUAAUGCAGAGCCACACCUCGAUCACGACAGCUUAUUGCUGAUGCUGAAGAAAGAUCCAGACGAGCUUGUCAUGGAUAUAACAUCUGAUCGCUAUUUACCUGCAUUUGAGAGCCUUCUUAAUCAAUUUGAUUUGCCAGACAAAGAUGUAAUUGUGAUUCUUAGGGUUUUUGCUCAAGCUUGUGACAGCGAAACAUCUCGAGCGUUUUUGAUAAUAUUGCUAAAUAAACUGGUCAACUCUGUGUAUCUGGGCAGUGCACUAACGAGAUACAUCAACUGCUUGGCAUAUGCUUCAAGAAACGAGGAGAAAGACAUAGAGGAGGAGCUGAAAUGCAUGGUUAAGGUCUUCAUAGAAAUUCUUAAAAAACUGCCAACUUCCCUCCCACAUCUUCCCUUGCCGAACUUGUUGCAUGCCGCGACUGCUUUAUUGGACAACGGUCAGAUUCGUAACACAGAAAUCAAACCCUCUGUGGAGAAUCUGAUCGCACUGAGGGAUAAAAUGGCUGAGAAGGUCCAGAAGAAAGAAGAAACCAAGAAGACAAAACGAAGGAUUGACCCAGGAGAUGAAGCUGCUCUUCUCGAUAAUGAAGACCCCCCUGACAACUUUCGCUGUUUAAGUGUCAUUCCCCAACAAGACGACAUCCACCCAAAGGGACCGGUGUUCUUCAGGCGUAACAAGGUCAAAGGGAGUUACGAUGGACCUGAACAUUAUCUGGAUGUUCAGUUUCGGUUGCUACGUGAAGACUUUAUCCGACCUCUUAGGGAAGGUAUUGCUGCGUUGUCAGAAAGUACAGGAACGAGUGCUACAAAACCAUCCCAGGAUAUUCGAGUAUACAAUGGAGUAAAGCUACUCAAACCACUGUGUUCUUCCAAGGGAGUAACCUAUGAAAUCAUCUUCGAUGUGUCCAGACUGAAAAGAAUCCGAUGGGAGAACAGUAAGAGGCUGAUCUAUGGCUCACUACUUUGUCUCUCCAAAGAUAAUUUUGAGACCUUCGUUCUAGCGACAGUGGAGGAACGAAAUCCCAGGCUCUUAGAACAGGGAAUUUUCCAGGUUCGAUUUACAGACAUAAAUGCUGAUCUAGGUAAUGCAACGUAUCAAAUGGUGGAGACUCUGGCCUAUUUUGAAGCGUGUCGUCAUGUGCUGGAAGGUCUUCAAGAAAUUAGCUGUUUUCAUUUUCCAUUCGAGCGCUAUAUUGUCAAAUCUGAACCAGAUGUUCAAGCACCCCUUUAUUUACGUAACACAUCAAAAGAAGUGAUCUACGACUUAACGUGCAUGAUGAGAAGCCCUGAAUCGAAGACAAGUGCACGGUCAGAAGUAGGGUACUACAAUAGGCAAAAGGGACGUUCUGUGAACAUCCUUGACUUGAAUUCCUGGCCAAGUGCAGAAGACCUUGAACUCGACUCUUCUCAACUCAAGGCGGUACAGAUGGCACUGACAAAGGAGUUUGCAAUCAUCCAGGGACCACCUGGGACGGGCAAGACGUACAUUGGACUGAAGGUUGCAAAUGUGUUGCUGAAUAACAAGGUCUAUUGGAACACAAACGACUUACGGAACGACAAGAGAUUGGGAUUGCAUGACAAACCAAGAUUUUUUAGUCAUCCUAUCCUAUUGGUUUGCUACACCAACCACGCUUUAGAUCAAUUUCUGGAGGGAAUCUAUAAGUUUCACCCCGAAGGAAUUGUACGGGUUGGAGGACAAAGUCAAAGCUGCAUGCUGGAGGAGUGCAAUAUACGUAGUAUCAAGGAGAAAAUAAGACAAUACCAUCGAGAGAGAUGCCAAUACUACCGCCGUCUUGGCCGCCUUCGCCGCCAACGCCGCCAACAGUGGUAUUAUGAUUAUUACAAUAGCGAUGACGAAGUUGAUGAGGGAGAACUUGUAUUCCCAGAGAUUAGCGAGGAACUCGAAGAAAUCUACCACAGCCAAGAUUGGAUUAGGCCCAAACUCACUGAUUUGUACGAUGAGCUGAAAGAACUUUCCUCAAAACUUGAAGGAAUAUACGAUGAGAUUCAUAAAUUGAAGACAACAGUUAUGGACGAAAAGGAACUGCUUUCAAAGUGUACUGUGUUUGAGAACAAAUAUGACUCGAUUGUCUCUCGGUUUAAGGAUGAAAAUGGGAAGAACAUCAAAGUAAAGCCUAAUGUUAUGCACUACUGGCUUGGACUUUUGACCAACACUUUGGAUUUCAUUGAAUCAGGUUCGACCUUUGUCAAGCCAGUUGCCACGUAUCUUCUCUCUAGAGCGGAAAGGAUUAACGCCGUUAACUCAACAGAUGAGCUCGUUUUUCACAAAGUAAAACAAGCAAAAGGAGUUGAUGGCGAUUUUAACGACUUCUACGCAAUAUUAAAUGGGGAGGACUCCUUUAUUCUAAUUCCAAAUAUGGAAAGCUCUUCGAUAGACACGCGUUACUCUAUGACUAUUUUGCUGUAUGUUUAUCUCGAAACCUCUCCUGGACCAAUCGUUACCUUUCAUCAAAACGGUGUCAUAGGAAUCCAAAUCCAGAUUCAAAAAGGUGUACAAGACUUCAAAGGCGUUUUGACUGUAACUUUUAACAGGCGUGACGGCGUACUUUCCAAGCCCCUUAUCACAAAUAAAGUCCUGGAGUGGAACGAAUGGCACUACAUUGCUGUGUCCUACGAUUAUAACUCUGGCAUCGUGCGUGUUUAUCACAAUGGAAACAUGGUUGGAGAGCACCAGAAUGGCUGCAUGGAGAUUGCCUCCCACUUGCCUGUUCAGAUUGGAUCUCUUGAUCUUCCAAAUAACGAGAAAUCAACCUUUUAUGGAAGGGUUUCUUCUCUUUAUUUUUUCCCUGAAGCCAUAAGCCUAGAACAGAUCAGGGCAAUCGCCGGAAUCCCAGAAGAGGAUGUCAUAGAAGCAGAAGAAAAAGUGUUGGACGAGUCUGAGGGAGAGAAGUUUGCCACAGAUAAACCACAACACAACAUCGUCUUUGAAGCUGAUGCAAUGGAGGAGCUCCGGAAAUUAGAUGUGGAUAUCGAUGAAGUUUUACAUUUUGGUGGACGUCAACGACAUAAUCCACAGCCAUACCAAGAUAUUACUUCAUAUACAACAUGUGAUAAUAGUAAUCAGGGGGAAUGGCAAAUGCAGUGCCCUAAGUUUGUUGGAACCAGAGUUAAACAAGUCCUGAAGAAGGAAAUGGAAAAGACAGAUAUGAUGACUGAAGAUGAGGCAAACAAGGUAACAGAAGUAUGGAAGUUAUCUAGGCAAGAUAAAUGGCGUCUGUACAGAUACUGGAUUGAAAUACUGUGUGAGAUCUGCAGAAAACAGGCUCGAAGCAUAUAUCCAAAAUUCGAAGAAUGUGCAGAAAGAAUAAAGGCACUGCAUCGACAAGAAGAUCUAACAAUUCUACGAAGGGUAACAAUUAUUGGCAUGACAACAACAGGAGCUGCAAAGUUUCGUGAGCUCAUACAGGAAAUUCAACCACGCAUAACCAUAGUAGAGGAAGCUGCUGAAGUAUUUGAGUCUCACAUCGUAACAUCUUUGAGCCCCGGAUGUAAACAUUUGAUUUUGAUUGGUGAUCACCAACAGCUUCGACCCAAUCCUAAUGUGUAUAAACUGGCUAAAGAUUACAAGCUAGACGUAUCACUCUUUGAAAGAAUGGUAAACAAUGGAAUGGACUACCAAACACUGCGGAAACAACAUCGAAUGCGUCCUGAAAUUGCCCGGAUGAUGAAACCAAUUUACGAGGACUUGGAAAAUCAUGAAUCUGUCUUGAACUUUGAAAAUAUCAAAGGCGUCAAUAAGAACAUAUUCUUCGUUGAACAUAACGAAUUGGAGGAUUUUGUUAACGAAGGCAAAAGUCGAUCAAACAUCCACGAAGCCAAGUAUCUAGCAGCUCUUUGCCGUUACUUCAUCCUGCAGGGCUACGAACAGACUCAAAUAACCAUCCUGACCAUGUACGUUGGACAGCUGUUUCAGCUCAAAAAUGAAACUUCCGAUGAAAUCUUUCAAGACGUUCGCAUCUGCGCAGUAGACAACUUUCAAGGAGAAGAGAAUGACAUCAUCUUGUUGUCACUUGUCCGUAGUAACGAAGAAGGGAACAUUGGAUUUCUGCGCAUCUCUAAUCGUGUGUGCGUCGCGUUAUCACGAGCAAGGAAGGGCUUCUACUGUAUUGGUAACUUAGAACUCAUGUGCACGAAAGAGAAACUUUGGGCUACGAUCAUUGAAGAUAUGCGUGAAAGAGGAAAUGUUGGCCACUCGUUGACUCUCAUGUGCCAAAACCACCCUUGUACGCAAAUUCAUGCGUCCAGUGCCACAGAUUUUCAACGUGCACCGCAGGGAGGAUGUCCCUUACCGUAUCAUGCUAGACUGGACUGCGGUCACGCAUGUCGGUUAUCAUGUCACCCAAGGGAUCCUGAUCAUAUUGAGUACGAAUGCUUGGAACCUUGUACGAAGACGUUGUGUGAUCUGGGUCACAAAUGCAAAAAGAGGUGCUUUGAGGAGUGUGGACCUUGUCGUAUUCGCAGAGAAAAGAUAAUGCCUGCAUGUAAUCAUACCCAGAAUCUUCCGUGCUAUGUUGACCCUGGCAAAACUAAAUGCAGAUUUCCUUGUGAAAUACUUAAAUGUGGACAUCGGUGUUCAGGUAACUGCUAUCAAUGUGAGCAAGGACGUUUUCACUUACAAUGUAAGCAGAAAUGUGAUAGAACUCUAGCAUGUGGCCACAAGUGUCGAAAUAUGUGCGCGAGAAAAUGUCCUCCUUGUUCUCGGGACUGCGAGAAUGGAUGUGUUCACAAAAAGUGUCGUAACAAGUGUUGUGAACCUUGUGAGCCAUGUAUGAUGCCAUGCGCUUGGAUAUGUAAACACUUUGAGUGUAGCAAACGGUGUAGUGAGCCAUGUAACCGACCAAGAUGUUACGAGCCCUGCAAGAAGACAUUAGUACCAUGUGGUCACCAGUGUAUAGGUAUUUGUGGUGAACCCUGCCCGAAAACAUGCCAAGUGUGCCAUAAAGAGGAAGUCACCAAGGUAGUGCUUGGAGACGAUCCAAACGCCAAAUUUGUAGAGCUUCAACCGUGUGGACACGUGAUUGAAGUUAAUUUCAUGGACGCAAAGAUGGAUGAAUGUUGCAAUGAUAUCCCGAUCAGCAUACAGCUUAAAGGAUGCCCUGUAUGCACAAUGCCUAUUCGAACCUGCCCCAGAUACAGCCACAUCAAGAAUACGCUAGAGGAUAUCUCGAAAGUCAAAACGGCGAUCACCGUUCGUGACUACGACAUUGCAGAAGAGACGAUCAAAAUAAAAAGCCUCAUCGCUUUUUCUGACAAGUUUGUAAAAAGUUCCCUAUUCAUUCGAGAAAAAUUGGAGAAAAAGAAAAUCACAAUGGAAAGUCUUGAAAUGUACCAGAACCAGAUCAUCUUGUUAAAUCUGCUAAGUAAAAUGCUUAAAGAAAUUUCUCACAUGGAAAAAAAUUCAAGAACUYCAGAUGGCCAGCAAGAGCUUAAAACGUCUCUUGAAAAAGAAGUUACAGCUCUCAAAGAUAGAGGAAUAAAUCUAACCCGAAGUUCUUUGGACUGGGGCUCUGCUAGCGAAAUUAGUGACCAAGAACAAGAGUACCUGAGGGAUGAAAUCCUUCGCGUACAGUUGAUUGUGUCGUACAAAAUACUUAAGAAGUUGAUCAAAGAAAAGGAAGAUACUCUAAACGACGCAGAUAAGAAUGAUAUGGAUAACAUUGGUCAGACAAUAGACUCUGGUAAACGUAUCGAAGCGGAAAAGCUUGACUCGCAUAUGGAAAUCCUUGAAAGGAUUCGCAGUUCAUAUAGUAUAUUGAUGUCAUAUCAAGAGAAGGCAAUCACAAGGGAAGACACGAUGAAAAUCAUGAGCAGCAAGAUUGGUUUCACGGAGGGGAACUGGUUUAAGUGUMUUAACGGACACAUAUACUCAACAGCCGAUAGAUGUCCAAAGUGCAUUUAGGCACAGACAGAAAAAUUAAUCCGUAAACUUGUAUUCACCUAUAUUCCAAGAAAGGUUAUCAGAGUCAGGAGACAGGCACCAAGCUAAGAGAGAUGAGGACCUGAUUGACUGUAUUUUUACGCCGGCUUUGAACACAGUUCUAAGCUAUUAUUAAUUAGUCGAAUCCGAAUUAGUCUUCUCGCCCUCAUGGAAUAUGAGUCAAUAGCCCAUUUGGCUUUCGACAUCAUGGGCUAUUGAUUCAUAGACCAUAAGGGCGAGAAGACUAAUUGCUAAUUAUUGGUAUAAUUUUAGACUUGAAAACCAGAGAAAAGACGAAGUUAAGGAUAAAACGUUUUUUUUUUUUGUUUUGGAAAACCUCUUAAUUACCGCUGCUCGAGCAGUGAUUAUCGUCUCAUAAUCACUGGUCUCUCGACCAAUCACAGCGCGCGAAACUCUAUACUAUCUUGCCUUAUUCUAUGAUUUCAAGUCUAAAAUUAUACUAAAACAAUAGUUGACCUCAGAUUCAGUGAAUUUAGGGAAUAUAAUAUCGGUAUAUAUAUCGGUAAAUACUCGCCGAUAAUCGUUAAAUCAGCAAACCCCAGUUUGACAUAAAAUGCCCGUCUGAAUUAACACCUAU